AUGUGCCAGAAUCUUCUUGAAGUAAUUCGUAAAUGGACAAAUGUUGAAGGUCAGGUUAUUUACAAAGAUAAAUGGAAGGAAAUUGAUCACUCUGAACUAAAGAAAUUUAUUGGACUGAUCAUUCUUAUAGGUGUUUAUGGAUCUAAACAUGAAAAUGUCACACAGUUGUGGAGUCAAGAAGAUGGCCGCUCAAUAUUCAACAAAAUUAUGAGCCGGGGAAGAUUUCAACAGAUUUUACAAGUAUUGCAUUUUGAUGAUGCUAGUGCAAGAAGAAAAAAGAGAAGUGAUGAUAAAUUGGUGCCCAUAAGAGAAGUAUUCCAAAUGUGGAACCAGAACUUGCAAGAUGGAUGUGUUCCAAGUACAUGCAUGACAGUUGAUGAACAAUUAGUUUCAUUCAGAGGGUGCUGCCCAUUCCAGGUAUAUAUUCCUUCAAAACCAGGGAAAUAUGGAAUUAAAAUUUGGGCAAUAUGCGACAGUGAAACAUCUUAUGCCUGA